AUGGUAAGAGUGCAUACCUUGUAUGAUGACCUCUUGGGAAUUGGAGAUAAGAGUGAAGAGAAUUGCUUUUUCACCACCAGCGUCUCCCUUUAUCCGCAGUCAGUCUCUGAAGCUGUGCACACAUUGACAUAUGCCGUAAUAGGCACUGAGAACAGAUCAAAGUUGAGGUUGUUGUUUUUAGUUAUUACGUUUUUGUCAGAGAUGGAGUCGUUGGGAGAUGUAAACCGGGAAUCCCGCAUAGUGAGCAGUCUGGACAACCAGGGACACUGUAUACUUAGUACACUAGCAGAGGUUGUGGAGAGAGUGAUGAGCUUCCUUCCCAGCAAGGCCCUCAUGAGAGCAGCCUGUGUCUGUAGAUUAUGGAGAGAUUGUGCACAACGCAAGAUGAAAAACAGACGGAGGGUGACUUGGAUCUCCUGCUCCCAAACCAUUGUUUGCAAAAGACAGUAUUAUUCAUUUGUUGAGGUGGUCAAAGAAGAGAUAGAGAAGUUGUACGUGGUACCUGAGACAUUUCUAUAUUUUACAGACUCAAACGCUUCUGUCACUGCCUACUGUGGAACUAAGAGUAGAACUGAAACUUCAGUUACACUGAAGAACCUUUUACCAAAAGAGUGCAAGAUAUUGGGCCUAAUCGCCCCAGGGAUUGUAGUUACUCCAAUGGGAUCAGCCAGUAACCGUCCUAUAGAACUGGAGGAAGGAGUAGCUGGUGUUGCACUUGUUUUACCCAAAAUUAAUGGGGUAAAGCUCCAGAAAUUCAAUUUCCGUAAAGACAACAGAAGAAGGGGGUUUGAUGAAUGUAAACUUGAAGAGGCCGGCCUUAAAAACAACCCAGAACUGAAAGUGGUUCUAAUUUUUGGGUACAGUACAUGGAAACCUGGAGCUAACCGUUUUCUACACCAAGUGUUAAACCCUCUGAAUGAAAAAAGCAUAAUAAUUGCAGGGGGACAGAUCGACCACCUGGUAUACUCAAGUGAAAAGGCACAAGAUUCUGACCGUAUUGGUAUUGCAGGACUGUCUUUUAGUGGGCCUCAGAUCCAGGGGGCCACAGUGCUUCUAGAUCAGUAUGUGUAUGAUGAGAGGACAGCGGACUCUGCUAUGCAGCGUUUGAAAGCUGCAAAUAUCCCAGAGUAUAACAGUGUCGGAUUCAUGUUUGCUUGUAUUGGCAGAGGAGAACAACAUUACAAGAAGAGUAAUGUAGAGGCAGAUACCUUUCGAAAACAUUUUCCCAAUGUACCCUUGCUUGGAUUCUUUGGCAAUGGUGAGAUAGGCUGUGACCGGGUUGUGAGUGGGAAUUUUACUCUACGUGAGUGUAAUGAUGUGAAGGAUGAUCUACUGCAUGGAUACACAACAGUAAUGACUAUCAUUCAUUUUGGACCAUCCAAGUAGCUUCCACCACUCACAAACUAAAUUGUGAGCUAAAAAACGGUUUCAUUCUACAACCUAUCUUGGCCUAUAAACUAAAGGUGUGGAUAUGCUGUAAUCUUAUAGCUAUUGAAAUGGCAAAUAAUCUGGAAUUUCUGUUUCAUCUUCCUUAAAAAAUAAAAUUUAAUUUAGUGGAAAAAAAAAAA